CGCGCCUUAGAACGGCUUCGCGUUCUGCGGAACGGUGCUGGGAUGUCGUACUUCUGUUUGGUUGUGAUUGUGGGACUCAUCGCCUUGUGUUCGGACUUCGUUGUUGGCGAUGUGGACAGCAAGCAGCCAUUAGUCAAGACAAGGUACGGUGAUGUUGCUGGGAUCCGCAAUGCCGUCGACGGGCGAAUCGUGAACCGUUUUGUUGGUAUACCGUUUGCGGAACCACCCACAGGGAAACGGCGCUUCCGGAAGCCUGUCCCGGCGAAGCCCUGGAGUAGAGUUUUGAACGCUACUAAGUACUCCCCGUCCUGUAUGCAACUGCCUUUGCAACUUGACGAGAGGUUGUUCAUAGAUUUUGGACCCUCUGCAGAGGACUGUCUUUACUUGAACGUGUGGCAGCCGCAAGGUGCUGCAAAGUGUGCAAGCAAUGCAACCGCAUGUAAACUGCGCCCCGUUAUUGUUUACAUUUAUGGUGGUGGAUUUGUGGCCGGAAGCGGCAGUUUCUUCACCUUCCGAGGCGAUAGAUUCGCAGCUGCGAUGGACAUCGUCUACGUCACCUUCAACUACAGGCUUGGUAUCUUCGGAUUCCUUCAAACUCGGCGUCCUGGGUAUUCUGGCAAUGCCGGGCUUUACGACCAAUUGCUAGCAUUGAAGUGGGUGAAGGAUAAUAUCAAAAGUUUCGGUGGGGAUCCAAACUUGGUCACUGUCUGGGGUCAGAGCGCCGGUGCUAUUUCUCUCGGGUACCACAUGGUUUCUCCACUGAGCAAAGGACUCUUCCAGCGUGCAUUCUUUCAGAGUGGCACUAUGGCAACGGGCCUCACGCUACAGAAAUUGAAUAAUGUUGGGAACGCGCAAAGAGUAUUAGGCCUGUUCGGUUGCUACAAUGGGACUGUACCGUGGAAGCUUCAAGCUGAUCGCAGCAUUGAGUGCCUUCAAAAGGUUGACGCAAAGGAACUUUUGGACAGAACGUACAUGGAAUUGCCACUUACUGCAGUCUCUUUCCUUCCGUCAUACGGAGACGACUUUUUACCCAGCAAUCCACUGCAACACGGCACUAACAUAAAGACAGGUCAUGAAAUACUGAUAAGCACAACUGCCAAUGAAGGCUCGCUGUUCAUGAUUGGCGUUUUGCUAAGGAAUCCUCACCUGCGAAGUGUCGUUGCGCAAGACAUUCGUACACCGACAAGGAUUUUAAUGCGGCUACUUUUACACAUCCCAAACUCGAAAACUGGUCAACUUCUCGACGCUUACAUAGGAAAAGUUGAAAAGGGGCCCCUGCAUGAAACUCAGUGGAAGAAAGACCUGUCCAAACUCUUUGGAGAUGUAUUGUUUGAGUGCAGUGCCGACACUUUCACCUCAGUGGCAAACCGGGAAGGGCAUCCAGUGUAUAGGUUCCUAUUCAACCACAGGCCAACCUAUGCCACUUGGGACAAAUGGUUCGGCGUCGGCCACGGUGACGACGUGGCUUUCACUUCAGGAAACACGAGACAAUUCAGUGACUCUAUUAUUCUACACAGUAACAUUGUUGGUAGCAAAGAAAUGCCGCCGAGGCAGCCGACAGAAGAAGAGGUAGAGUUCUCACAUGACAUCGUGAAGAUUAUUGGAAGCUUCGCCGAAUUCGGGUGA